AUGUCGGGCCUUGCAAAGGAGGCUGAGGUCGAUGUCAUUGACUCUGAGAAGAAGCUCCCCCUUGCUGAGACUCUGGGUGACGAUGUUGCCCCCAUUGUCCAGGAUUGGAGUGAGACGGAGGAGAAGAAGCUGAAGUUCAAACUCGACACGAUCCUCAUCCCCAUCCUCGGUCUUGCCUUCUUCGCCCUCCAGAUCGACCGCGGAAACAUCAGCGCUGCCCUUACCUCAACCAUCACGGAAGACCUCAACAUCACAACAAACCAGAUCAAUGUCGGAUCUCAAUUACUGUCCGCCGGUAUCGUCAUCAGUGAAAUCCCGUCAAACGUGAUAAUGCAGCGAGUCGGCCCUCAGAGAUGGUUGUCGGUCCAGAUCUUCGCAUGGGGGCUGGUUGCAACGUUCCAAUGCUUUGUCAAUUCGUAUCCUGCAUACUUGGUGACGAGGUUUUUGCUGGGUCUGCUUGAGGGUGGCUUCAUUCCUGGAGCCCUCUAUUACCUGUCGACAUGGUAUAAGCGUGAGGAGACAAGUCUUCGCGUAACGCUUUUCUUCUUCGGACAAAUGUUCUCGGGUGCCACGUCGAGUCUCAUCUCCGCUGGCCUGUUGACGCUGUCAGGGAAGCGCGGCCUUGCUGGAUGGCGGUGGAUAUUCCUGGUUGAAGGAGUAAUCACUCUCUUCAUUGGAAUCAUCUUCGUCUUUCUUGUCCCCCCAAAAGUAGGGGACGGGCGCCCGCUCCUCAGCAGGCUCAGCGGCGGCCGCUGGAGCUACUUCACCCCACGCGAAUCCCACAUCGCAACACAGCGUGUCCUCCUCGACGACCCCCGCAAAGCAGCCGGCCAUCUCAAGAUCACAGGCCGGGAUAUCCUCAAGACCGUCCGCCAGCCCCGAAUUAUCCAACACUUCUUCAUUACCCUCGUCGCCAUGUCCGGCUUUCAGGGACUGACACAGUAUACGCCCAGCAUGAUCAAGUCCUUCGGCUUUGGUGCAGUGCGCGCGAAUGCGUUAGCAUCCGUGCCUGUGUACUGCGGCAUGAUAUGGAUCUUGAUUCUGUCGUAUCUUGCCGAUAAGGUCGGGCAUCGUGGCCCCUUUGUGCUCGUUGCAAUUACCUGGAACGUCAUUUCGUACGCCUGCCUUCGCAUCACGCCAGUCACAUCGGGGCACUGGCAUCGGUAUGGGGUUCUUGCGGUAGCCAACGUCGCCUACGCGAGUAUGCACAUCCUGAACAUCGGAUGGCUCUCAGUCUACUGUCGAUCCCCCCAAGAACGAAGUGUCGCCAUGGCACUGGUCGUCAUGGCCGCCAACUGCGCCGGAAUUUCCGGUUCCCAGAUCUUCCGCACAAACGACCGACCCUUGUACCACCGCGGCCUGACCGCCAUCUGUAUCCUCGCCGGGGCAUCGUGGCUGCUGGCAUUCGCACUGAACGUGCAAAACUUCUUCCUACACCGUCGCCGCAAGUCAGGAAAGGAAGAGCCCGUCGCAGGGGAUGUUUGA